UUCGUCACAUUCCUACUCGCUACCCCGAGCUACUGCUGAUACUCCAACUGUUGGUUUCGCCAGUUGGUGACGGAGGAGGGGUGCAUGGGCAAAGCUUCGGCUGAAAGGAAGAAGGAGAAACGUCGAGCGGCGAAGCAGGGGCCAUCGGCGCUCAGCAGACUACUCAGCGGGCUCACUGAGGCCUUCAAAAGUAUACAAACGGAACAUCACGGGAUGGAGGAGCUCUCUGCAAUGCCUGCUGUCUGCCUUGCUGACAGAUCCGUGUGUGCGAUACCCCUGCUAUCUGGUUCUACUCGCUCUGUGGCUAGUUGGCGUCCGCUCCAUCGGCGCACCGUAAGCCACGUGGCGCGUGUGAGAGGGAAUUGCGUGGUGUGUGUGUGUGUGUGCAGGUUUCUGAUCCUGUCCAUCAUAGCGGGUAUGUUUAUCAACUUGGGCAGUCGGCAGGGGUAUCUAUCAGCCUACUCCAUCUUCAACCCAAACCAACGGAGCCUUCUCGGCGAUCUGAGGGCAGAGCAACUCGAGGCCGAGCUGCGCAAAGGUCAAAAGGAGCAACACACUUACAAGCAAUGGACGGACGUCUACUGAUCAUUGCAUCUCUGCAGGUCAGGGAGCGUCUAUCGAGGCGGCCGACGACAGCAACCUGAUUGACUUGCCGCAGCAGCAUGUGGCAUGUGGGGAGCUUCCAGCCCGCAUGAGCAAGGCCGCAAACAAGCCGUGUCCUUGCGGCUCUGGCAAGAAAUAUAAGCGGUGCUGCGCGGUGAAUGGGAGAAACGAAGGCGAUGAAUGGGACUGACCAUUCAUUGGCCUGCCGAUUGGCCCUACGGCCCCUGACGGUGUGUGUAGAGGGACGGGGCUGUGGGGUGGGAUGAUGUGAGACGACCUGGGCUGUUUGACUACGUGGGGGAAUGUAC